CACUUGUAGACGAAUAUGACGUCACCGGCUGUCCUGCAGAGACUUGGCCUUGUCCUCCUGUGUUCAGUUCUUGGUCUGACAUUGGCCAUCUGGCAAGGAGUCUUCGUACCACCCGUCAUCUUCCAGCCAGCACAGCAGGGCAGCAACGAACCUCAAAGAACUUUUUCGGGCAGAUGUGGCGUCAACAUUUCACAUACCAAAGAAGAGGAAAUUAAGAUGUCAACAUGCGUGGCCAACUUUGCCAGUUUCAGGGCCAAAUAUGGGUCCGUAGAUCGCCCCAAGAUGGAGAUUGAUCGUGUCGACAGUCAUUCCUAUCUAACAGCUGACAGUCGAGUGUUAGAAGUCGGAGGAUAUACUGGUGUAGAUGCGGCUAAGCUAAUCAAGAAAUACAACCCCCAUUAUUUGGCUCUCGAACCUGUACCCCGUUAUUACACUAUUUUGGAACAGCGGUAUAACAAUAAUCCCAAAUACAAACUUUUCAAAUUUGGUCUCGGCAAGGAGAACAAGACCUUACUUCUGAAUAUAGAUAACGAUGCCACGUCACUAUUUCGGGCGAAACAUGCGUCGGGCAAAACCAAGGAGGAGGUUGCUUAUAUUCAUGAAAUUAAGGGCUUCUUUAAAAGUGUUGAUGUGUAUACAAACCCCAUAGAUCUUGUCACAAUCAACUGUGAAGGGUGUGAAUAUGAGUUGCUUGAACUGCUGAUAUCAUCCGAAAUAGUGGAGUAUCUGAAAAAACAUCCAGUUUCAGUUUCACCUUGACCUUCCAGGAAUAGCCAAUCAGGAGUGUCGUUACUGCCAGAUCAUGACAUUGUUGUCCAGGACACACAGACCUACUUUUCAGUAUUCCUACACAUGGCAAAGCUGGAGGCUGAAGA